GGCCGCCAGUUCCUCGCAAAGAAGGCCGCCGAGGAGGGCGUCGUUUCGCUGCCGUCUGGCCUGCUCUACAAGGUCCUCCGCGAGGGCGACGGCGAGGAGCACCCGCUGAAGGACACGCAGUGCUCCUGCCACUACGAGGGAAAGACGGCCCAAGAGUACUCAAAAUCGCCCAAGGGCAAGACCUUUGACAGCUCGUACUCGCGCGGCGAUCCGACCUCCUUCGCGCCGUCGGGCGUGAUCGCGGGCUGGACAGAGGCGAUGCAGCUCAUGGUGGCCGGCGACAAAUGGGAGCUCUACAUUCCGUCUGAGCUCGCAUACGGCGACAGCGGCCAGGGCGGCGACAUCGGCGCCGGCGACUGCCUCAUCUUCACCAUGGAGAUUCUCAAGAUUGAGGGUCCGGGCAAG